UCAAUGAUGAAAAGACCCCUUCUAAUAGCAGAGCAACGUUGAUCUACUCCUCUUCUCCUACCCAAUCAAUCUGACGUCGGGCCCUUCCGACCGCCGAUCUUAGCGUCGAUACUAUGACGGCGACUCCCGAUGCCCUUCUGGGGUACUUAGAUAACAAAUCAUCACCUCAUCCCGCUCUUCUCCUCUCGUUCCCCAUCUAUCAAACCACUCAAUUCAACCAUUCGGGCAGGUCCCCUACCUUCAAUACUUCUUUCACACUGUACAUUAUUUCUUCUUGCAAAUAACCCGAAAAAGAACAUAUACUUCCAACACACAACAAUGCUGCCACCAACCCUUACCACCAGUCCACUCCUCAACCUCACCCCCGCUCCCCUCACUCCAGAUGCCUUCUCCGAUUUCGGCACAGCCAUAUCAUCUCCUCUAGCUCGCAAUAUCACCACUCCUCCACCAGGGAGUACCCUGGAAACGCUAUCGCCCGUCCCCGUCCUUGCCAAUCAAUCCUCUGCCCUGAAGUACAGCCCGAUCGGUCCAAUGACUGAUAAUUACUCCACCGCUCCGAGCGGCCAGCCCUCUUCCGCCCGCAUGACUAUGUUCUCGUGCUUUCCGCGCAAACUCCGCACUGUCGCCCAUAAGAAUGUGAAUGUGUUUGACGUGCGCAUUCUGGAAAGACACCCCUACACUACGCAAACUUUCACCCCAAUUGAUUUGUCGAGUCAGUUGAAGACGUCAGGCGCGGGAGGCGAGGUGGAGGAGGAGCCGUUCUACUUGGUUAUUGUGGCGCCUUCCUUGAAGGGCACUACGGCUACUGCGAGGACGGACGAUGGGAAGACUGUAAAGGUGGUUGAUCCGCCGGAUCUGAGUCGGUUGAGGGCCUUUGUGGCUAGGGGUGGUCAGGCUGUUACGUAUGGGGCGGGAACGUGGCAUGCGCCUAUGGUGGUUAUUGGGAAGAGGAGGGUGGAUUUUGUGGUAGUGCAGUUUAUGAAUGGGGUUGGGGAUGAGGAUUGUCAGGAGGUGAGGUUUGGGGAGGGCAUCGCUGUAGAAGUAUCGGGCGAGGGAACUAAGAAGGCUCUGGCGAAGCUUUGAGAACGGUUGCAGUAAGGGUGGAAGCUUUUGCGGGGUAUGUGGUUCAUUGUACCUUCUUAUCAAAAUGGCUAUUGUACAUAGAUUGUGAAUGAUAUGACAUUACUGAUGGUAUGGGCAGUUUCAGGCUC